ACCAAAGCAGCAAGACGUCAGGAGAUAAUAAAAAUCACUGAACAACUGAUUGAAGCUAUUAACAGUGGUGAUUUCGAUGGAUACACAAAAAUUUGUGACCCCCAUUUAACAGCAUUUGAGCCCGAAGCUUUAGGCAAUCUUGUCGAAGGAAUUGACUUUCAUAAAUUUUACUUUGAAAACGUAUUAGGCAAGAAUUGCAAAGCCAUCAACACUACUAUUCUGAACCCUCAUGUUCACUUACUGGGAGAAGAUGCAGCAUGCAUUGCCUACGUUCGUCUCACACAAUACAUUGACAAGCAAGGACAUGCGCAUACGCAUCAAUCGGAGGAAACACGUGUGUGGCAUAAACGAGAUAACAAGUGGCAGAAUGUGCACUUUCAUCGCAGCGCAUCUGGCAAGAUUAGCGGCGCAACAACUUUCGAUUUUAUCCAACAACAAAAGUAGAACGACCCCUGCAGAACGACAGUAAGCACACUAUUAAUGGUUGAAGCAUAUAAUUAUGUAAGAUGGCAAUAGGUAAAGCCUUAGCUCAAUAACAAAAUAACAAAAACAUUUUCAAUCAAUAUAACAAACCAAAUUUAAUAAGACGCUAAUUUAAAACAAUUAAACCAGCUAGUCGAGCUUUCAUGCAUGUAGACGGUACGAUAUAUGAGACGUCAAAAUAUAUAAAGGUGGAUUGCUUGAAGAGGCCGAAAAGAAAGAGGUUUAUGAUAAGUACCAUGGUAUCAGAUAAAAUUAUGUGCAACCAAAAUAGCGAUGAGAUUAUCGAUUCAUAAUAAUAUGCAUAUAUAUAAUAUAUAUUGUUAUUGUGCACUCUCAACAGCAACUCAAAAGAUGCAAACUGGAUUUACUUAAUUUCUAAUAAAUAUCAUAUUAAGACAAAAAAAAAAAAAA